GGACCAGGCAGACAGGAAGGGCAGCGAGGACAUGGAGGGGUCGGAGGCUGAACUGGCAGUGGAAGAAGGGACCGUGUCUGGCUGCUGCAUUGCCACGGAGAGUGACCCGGAGCUGGAAGUGGAGUAUCGGGAGAAGCUGGAGAACGAGUUCCCGGACUUGGGCUCCCUUUCGGACUCGAACACCGUCAACCAUGACGACGACUCGUUCAGCGUCCUGGGCGGGGACUCGCUGAACGAGCAGGAGCUCCUGGAGCAGGAGAUGCCGCCGCUCUUCGUGCACCUGACCUGCUCGGUGAAGCUGCGCACCCAGCACAGCUCCAUGCCCGUGCGGUCGCUGCCCACCUGCCUGGGGGAAGUGCUGAGCUGCCUGGAGACCUGCCAGGCUAUGGCCAGCAUUGACCUCAGCGACCUCUGUGUGACCCUGGACAUCUUUGUGCUGACCUUGCCGCUGGAGAUAGAAGGUGUAAACGCUGACCUUCACCACAACAGGUACACGUCUGAGAGCAGCAUCUCCUUCACCCGCUCGCCCGGGCAGCCCUCCUCCUUUCGCUCUGACGAGGAGAUCAUGCACAACCUGGACCGGCUGCCGUCUACGGGAGGCGAGAGGCAUCCAGCGCUCUCCAACCUCCCAGGGGUACACAGACAAGCUGUCGAAGCCACCAUGAAUGAGAUCCGCUGGCUUCUGGAUGAUGAGAUGGUGUCUGCACUGCGCCAUUCGCAGGCGGUCAGCACCUCCAUCCUGGAACGGGUCGCCACCCACGUCUACAGCUCCCAGGGGAGGCCUAGCUGCCACAGCGAGGUGGUGCCGUUGCAGUUCGUCUUCGGGCCCGAGCACUCCUUGGAGAAGUUCAAAGAGGAGUUUCGGAGAAUGACCCUGCCUGGCUACGUGCUCAAUGCUGAGGGCAGCGAUUACCACUACGUCUCCGUCAGCCGCUUGCGCCCCCUGGAGACCCCCGCCAGCGCUGUCCCCAGCCUGCAGCAGCCCGCGCCAGGAGGAAGCACUGGAGCAGCCCAGAGCCACGUUGGGCAGGAGGGGAGUAGUGAAGCAGAUGCCGAAGGCCUCCAUCCAGUGCCCUCCCUGCCGCAGGGGGCUGGGAGCCUCUGGGCCUGGCCAGUGGGUGAGAGCCAGUUUGGGCCGGACGUGGGAAAUCCACUGGGCGAGAGUGGACAGACGCAGGACGAGGAGCCAGAGGAGGUGCUGCGGCCGGAGCAAAGUGGAGCGGUGGGACACAGCUCGCUGGAGGAGGCAGCCCGGGAGAUGACCCCCCUGACUCCUCCCCACUCUCGGUUCCUGCCCUUGUCCUCGGAGAAGGGGAGUGGUGAGAAAUCGCCAUCAGCAGCGAGCCUGGCUGACUCCAGGACCCAGGGCAGGGAAGGCGCCAGCAAGCAGCGUCCCAGCCGAGUGCAGAGCUUAGUGUCAAGCCAGGGCAGCAUGGACUCGGAUCACUUAGGUUACGAUGGAGGGAGCAGUGACUCGGAGUGCGACGAAGCCCUGAUGAGCGACCACGACCCCAAGUGCCCCCUGAUGCCGGAUUUCUGGCUCAUUGUGAAGAUCCAGCAGGACCGGGUGGAGGUGUAUUCUCACACACGCAGCCUGAGUGCAGAGCAGGUGGCGAUGGCUGAGGCCGGGAAGGAGCCGGCCGGGGAGUGUCUGCGUCUCCACCAGACCGUGGUGAGGAAGAUUGGCGAGAUCUGCAGGGUCGUUAACCAGCGCUUGCUGCUGCAGGACCUGCACGACAGCCACGUCUGCAACACGCUGCUGGUGGCGGAGAGCGAGGAGGACAUCUGGAAGAGCGAGACUCCCUACAACUCCUAUCGGCAGCGCGCCCAGCCCACCGAUGAUUACUCCACUGAGGAAAGCUACCAGCCCCGCGACUACCUGGCAGCCACCAUGCAGUUCAUGCCAGGUCACUUCGCCUGCCCCGUGGUGUGGAGCACCCUCAUCCACGUGCACUCCCGUCUCAAGAUGGGGCCCAAUAUGGGGGUCUCGCGAGCUAUCCAGGCGCUACGCUCGGUGCUCAAUGCUUUCUGUGUGGUGAACAGGAAGAACAUGUUUGUCUACCAGGAGCGAUCCACCAAGUCAGUCUUCUACCUCCGACUCUCUGAAACCACCCACAACGGGAAGGCGGGGGAAGGGGAGAGCACCCAGGGCUGCGUGUGCCACUCGCUGGCUCUGACGCGCAGUCAGGAGCCCAUUCACAUGGAGGAUCAGACAGGCUCGCGCUCCUCCCUGGACACAGCCUCCUGCCGCAGCGCGGACUCUGCCCGCCCCGUGGGCCAGGUGGACAGACACAUCCAGCUCAUGGUGCAUGGUGUCGCCCCAGCAGGGCCCGAGAUCACAGACGAGCUGGUGAAGGUUCUGCGCAGGCGUCUGGAUGAAGCCACCUUGGACAUCAUCACUGUCAUGCUGGUGCGGAACUGCAAGCUGACCCCGGCCGACGUGGAGUUCAUCCAGCCCCCAGGCUCUCCGCCCACAGAAGUCCUCCAGUUCACUCUGCCCCCAGCCUCUCUGCCCUGGCUCCCUGCUGUGGCCUGUUACCUGCGCCAGAACCUGCUCAUCUUCCUGCACACCCCCAAGUACACCGACAGCAACGUAGAGCACCACUUCAAGCACUACUUCCAGCAGGGUGGCAGUCCCGACCUAGAUCUCUACCUGUACAACAAGCCUGGUGGCCAAGGCACUGGCGGCAAAGGAACCAUGUCGGACCUUGUGCAGCACCUGUUUCCGCUCUCCCACUUUCAAGGAAUUGCGUGCAUUGCUCUGUCGUUCGUGGAUGAGCGUGACAGCCCCCUCUCACUGGCGCACUGGGAACGGUCUAGUUCCCUGAAGCUGCCCCCGUCCCCGCCUGGCACAGACCUGCUGCAGGACGCAGACUUCGAGAGCCUCACUGCAGUCAGCAGGCACCAUGCUGAGCCCGGCACCCUCCAACCAGCUGCCUGCACCCUGGUGCGCUUGGACGUCUGGGAGAAAGGGAACAUCAGCCCCCUGCAGCUGUCGGAGAAGCUGCGCAGCGCCGUGCGCCAUGCCCUGUGCGAUGCAGUCAUGGAGUUCCGAGUGCUGCCGGCCCCACUCUGCGUGGAGGCCGCCUGCCCGCUGGAGGAGCUAGGCAGUGGCGGAGGCCUCCGGAGGACCAUGUCGGAGACCAAGGGGCUGGCUCUUCCUGCGGGCAGUGCUGGUGCCAGUAGAGUGCCCCCGCCCCCUCUGCACUUCACCUCAGCCCCCAGCUCUAGUUCCGGCGAGCCAGUCACGCCCACAAACAAGAUGGGGCGCCGGAGCUUCUGGGACAUGCUGAGUAAGGCCGACUCCUCGGAGCUGGGCAGCCCCAAAACCACUGACGACAUCGUGCUGGAGCGGCCAGAGGAGAGUCGCACCCGGCGCCGCCACAAGACCGAGAGCGUCAAGCAGCACCUGAGCCAGGAGCGCGCUUCCGCCACGGCCGAGCUGGAGCAGGCCCAGAGGCGCCAAGUCUGGCAGCUCCAGGAAGGGGAAGUGGGCACCAUGCACCCGCUCUUCAGUCAGACCUGCCGGCAGUGGAUGGCGUUCAUGAGUCGGCUGGGGUGUCCUUCGGUGCAGCAGUGCUCGGUGGAGAUCGUCUCUCGCUUCCUGCUCGCCUCCAUCCUGGAGGAGGUGGUGAGCCUGGUCACGGCCCUGGCAAGCGACACCGUUGUCAAGGUGUUCCAGCAGCACUGCUGCCCUCGGGGCGCCUCCUUCCUUCCAUACAACCCCCAUCAGAGCUCCAGUCCUCGGCCUGCCGCCAUCAGACAUUUCAUCCUGCUGGGACGCAACUUCCAUCAGUGGCGCUCCAGCACUGAGCAGGCCCACAAGGGGCUCCAGCACUUCGAGGCCAUGGAGCUGAGCUUGGCGGAGAAGGGCUCCAACUCCAGCCCCUCGCUGGCCCCGCGGCAGAGAUUCCUUCUCCUGGAGAUCCUUGACAAGAAGCUGAUGCUCUACACCUACAACUGGUCCCCGGACCUGGGCAGCUCCUUGAACAGCUCACUCACCCGCCUGCUGCAGUGGCAGAACGCCCGCUCCCACAUCGUGCAUUGCCUCCUCAGCCAGAAACUGGGGCUCUUCCACCACUACUGCUACCUGGACACACCCUGGCAUGAGGACAGCAAGCAGGAGCCAAACCCCUUCCUGAACUCCACCCUGGAGGUGGAUGCCCUGAUCCGGAGCUCGAGCCCUCCCCCCAACAAGGAGCAAGGCCGGCUCAGCAGCUCUACGCGCAGCCUGCCGUCCCUGCACUUCCCCCCCGACAUGAUGCCCUUUGACGAGGCUCUGCGAGAUGUCACCGCCCUCAAGAGCGUCCCCCUCGGCCCAGAUCUGGGGCCACGUGACCCGGUGUCAUGGCAUGGUGCCCAGUUCCUGGAAAUCAAGAGCCUGGAGAGGAGAGAGCUGGAGAAGCAGAUGAAGAUUGAGAAUCUCUUUGUGACGUGGCAGCAGAGAUCAGCACAGUCCAACAUGCCCAUCGGUCUGGCAGACCUGGAGACCCUGAAGCAGUCCUCGCGCCUGGUUCACUACUGUGCCACACCACUGCUCUUCGACCCAGCUUUCCGGCAGCAGAUCCAGGCCGACCAGCAGGCGAAGCUGGAGGGGAAGAAGCGCCAUCGCUCGAGCGACUCGACGGCGUCGGGGCGGGACCGGAGCCACAGCUGCGACUCGGCAGAGGUGCUGCCCUGCAAGCUGAAGGAGGAGCCCUGGCUGCAGGAGAUGUGCAACGCCUUCCUGCAGCAGUACAUCCAGUACCUGCAGAGCAUGGGUUUCAUCCUGGUGCAGGUGCGGCCCCCCUCGCCCGCCCGCAGUAGCGCAAGCCGGAUCCGAGCUCUGGCAUUCCUGGGCACUGAGGGGAGAGGCUCCUUCUCCUGCAAGCCCAAAGCAGACGGGAGUCCGAAGAGCACAAGCCCCCCAGUCACCACCUACCACCUGCAGAGAGCCCUCCCGGGCGGCAUUGUGCUCAUGGAGCUGGGCUUCCAGGGCUGUUACUUUUGCGUGAAGCAGUAUGCGCUGGAGUGCUCGCGGAUCCCCAUGGGCCAGUCCGUCAACUCACAGGGUGCUCUCACGGCCAGAGCUCGUAGCAAGAGCUGCAUGGGACCCAGCUCCAUCUCUGAGUCUGCGCUCUCCAUGCUCUUCACGGAGGAGUGUGACAAGGUGCGGGACCUCAUGCACGUGCACUCGUUCAGCUACGACUUCCACCUGCGCAUCGUGCACCAGUACCUGCUGGGCUCCCACAUGACCCUGCGGCAGGGCUACCACCUCACCAGCUUCCUGGAGGACUUCAUCGCCCACCACCCCGACAUCCCCAAGUUCGGCCGCAACCACGUCUUCCAAGGCACGCUGGCCAUGCCCACCAACAUGAUAACAGCCCACCAGCUCUACAACUACGUGGCAGACCAUGCCAACACCUACCACAUGAAGCCCCUGCGCAUGGCCCGGCUGGCUGCGGGCAGCGACGGCAGGAAGGGGACCCCGGGCAUGGAGCAGAACGAAUACGCGCUGGUCUCCAUCUGGAACAGCUCAGGCUCCUACAAGGACUCGGAGGGGAUGCGGCACCAUGAUGACUUCGACGUGUCCCUGCUGGUGUGUCACAGCGCGGCGCCGUUCGAGGAGCAGAGCGAGGCGGAGAGGCACGUGCUCCGGCUGCGUUUCUACGUCAUCAUGACGAGCCAACGGGAGCUGUUCCCCCGGCUGACAGCCGACAUGCGGCGCUUCAAGAAGCAGCCACGCUUACAGCGGGAGAACAUGCUGGAGCCAGUGGUGGGCCGGGCGGCGUGGGAGGCGCCGGAGCCGGGUCAGGGCUGGCAGCAGCAGGCGGAGCGGGAGCUGUGGCAGGAGGGAGAGGACAGCAGCGAAUUCUAUGCGGGCGGUGCCCAGGUCAAGCUGGGCCCUGGGCUGUUCUACACGUCGCCGCUCUUCCCCCUGCUGGCCUCCGAGGUGGCCGUGGCCCAGAAACAGCUGAGCAGCAUGGUGCACCUGGCCAAGUGCCACUGCCGCAGGGACAACCUCUGGAAACGCCUCUUCCUGCUGGAGCCGCUGGCCUCGGACAAACUCAAGCUGGGCAAGCUGUCGCUGGGGGAGCUGGAGGAGCUGCUGAACGCAGUGCACGGGAAAUCCAUCGCUGACAUCGACCCCCAGCUGGGCUGCUUCCUCACCAUGACUGUACCCUGGUACCAGAGCCUCAUCAAAGUGCUGCUGAGCCGCUUCCCGCAGAGCUGCCGCCACUUCCACAACGUCGAAACUGGCACCCAGUAUCUGGUCGUGCUCAAUCAGAAGUUCACAGACUGUUUUGUUCUUGUGUUUCUGGAUUCCCACUCAGGGAAGACGAGCCUGACGGUGGUUUUCCGGGAGCCGUUCCCCGUGCAGCCCCAGAACAGCGAGAGCCCCCUGCCGCAGCUAGUGUCCACCUACCAUCACCUGGAAUCUGUCAUCAACACGGCCUGCUUCAACCUCUGGACGGGGCUGCUCUAGCCGGCGCCAGCACCUUCCAGCCAGACACACCGCGCCGCACCACAUCUGCACCCAGGAGCUGACCUCCAGCAGGAUCCCCCCAGCGCUGCUGGCAGCACGGGGGUCACGUGAUGCACGAGUAAUGGACAGAGUGGAGGGUGCACGGGGCUUGGCAGCUCCCCUGGACUCCAGCUAGCCCAGACUCCCAGAAGGGGUGAGCCGGGGGGGGGUGUCCCCCCUUCUCGGGUAGGGGAGCUGCUGUUAAGGACGCUCACGUGUAUUUGACACUGAAUGGAUUUGAAACGGAGACCCGAGGAGGGUCCCGGCGGCCCUGGCACCAGGAACUUGGCGCACCUGCCACAGCUAAACAGCUGCCAUCUCUGGGCCCAGAAACCUGGCACCCAUGUAUGCCCAGCCCUGGGCCUGGUGACGGAGCUGCCUGGCAUGCCGGGCCGGAGCCAGGCACAGUCCUGAGGGCACCGAGCACGGCUGCUGCGGGCCGUCACUUCGAUGGGUGGAAGCAGGGUGGGAUUUCAGUGGUGGGCCAGCCGCGGGGCGGCAGGGGGGUUAUGAGAAUGUACUGAAGGACGUCACUGUCAAAUAAACUGCCUCAGACCAUC